GCAAGUAAAAUAACGCUGUCAAAAUUUCAAAAAGAAAAAAGCAAGGAUGUCGCAUAUUAAGCAAGUAGUAGCCAUAAGGAGAAAGCCCGGUCUCACCCGACAGGAGUUUUUCGACUAUCACUUCCAAGUUCACGGCAAACUCAGCCAAGCACCCUCUCCAGAUAUUACUCCAUCAAAGUAUUUCCAGACCCAUAUCCAGGAUGCAGUAUACAAUCAUCAGGAAGGCCAAGGCGUAAACGCCAAUCCUUGGUGGGCCUUUUCCGAUGACAUCGUUGAGCUUUACUUCCAAUCCGAAGAUCAUAUGAAGACGAUUUUCGGCUCGCAAUAUGUCAGAGAACACGUCGGGCCGGAUGGUAUCAACUUCUCCGACUUUGCAUCGGCAUUACCCGUGACUGUUCAGGAAAGAGUUGUUCCGCUACACGAGUCUGAGAACGCGCCAUCUGAAGACGUUGAUACUUUAUCGGUUUCACCUGUCGCGAUGUACUACUUAACUGUAACCGGCGGCGAAACCGACGAUAUCAUCACUGGAUUCGUCAAUAGUUUGCAGAAGUUCGCAGGGAGCCAGGUCCGCACUCUUGUUGCGAAUACUCCAGUAGAGCUGAGCCUCAACCCGGAUGCUUAUUUUGGGAGCAACUCCAACCGUCCAAAAUUCAAUUUGAUCUUCGCAAUCCAUCUACGCGGUAAGGAAAGCGUCGCGGACGUGAGGAAAGCCCAGAAAGAUUUUGAGGCAGGGCAUGGAGCCAAGAUCAAUCUCCCAAAUUCAUGGAUAGCCUUCGGUCAACGCGGCCUCGUCCUCAAUCAGAACCACAAUAUUCAGUUUGACUCAUCUCGGCAGCCCAAACUGCGGGGCAUGGCAACUUCCGCUCAACCUCACGUAAUUGUCGUUGGCGGCGGUAUUAUUGGUGCCGCAAUCGCCUGGCACCUGGCUCAACACACUAGCGUAACCGUCGUUGCAGAGGACAUUGGUGGGCCCGCCUCCAAAGCCUCUUUCGCUUGGCUCAAUGCGAGCUCCGUCAGCCAAAAGUUCUACUACGAGUUUCGCCGUCGAUCCCUCCAGAGAUGGAAACAGAUCCACACGGAGCUUCCAGACCUUCCAAUCUCCUGGAGUGGCUCCAUUAAUUGGCACAAACCCACUGAGGUCCUGGCGAAGACCGAGCGUAACCUCACCGCAUGGGGCUACGAUAUCGCCGACAUGAAGAAAUCCCAAGUUUCUAAGCAAGAGCCAUUCUUUGAUCAGUCUACCUUGCCAGAUCGGGCCCUCUACUACCCUGAAGAGGGUGCUAUGGAAGCCCAUGUUGUCGCUCAGAUGCUCGUGGCGAAUGCAGAAGCCCAAGGCAACGUGAAAGUAAUCAGAGCGACAGCUAAGGGGCUUCUCCAGGAGAAUGGAAGCGUCAGGGGAGUCAAGCUGGCUUCUGGCGAGGAGAUCUCUGGCGAUCAUGUUGUCGUGGCUGCUGGGCUGGGUAGUGUGCCCCUUCUGGCUACUGAAGGAAUCACAGUCCCUAUCACCUCGGUACCAGCGCUGAUUGUAAACUCGAAACCGACUGAUGAAAGCUUGGUCAGGCAUGUAGUCAACUCGAAAUAUCUAUACAUUCGGCAGACAUCAGAUGGAAUCAUCAAGGCGGGCUGCGAGAAUCCAGGCGAUGACCCAGGCGACGAUCCGGAAGCAAUGGCACAUCAAGUCUUCUCCAAGGUCCGAUCAACGCUGGCUGGGGGAGAGACCAUUGAAUUUGACUAUUACACAGUGGGUUACAAGCCGACUCCUAAAGACGGCCUGCCAAUCAUUGGACCAACUGGACUGGAAGCGGUCAGUGUCGCUGUCAUGCACUCUGGUGUUACAAACGCUGCUAUUGUCGGAGAACUGCUCAGCAAACAGAUCCUCACGGGCGAGAUGGAUCCAAACCUUGAGCAUUUUCGUCUCGAUAGAUUCAAUGAAUAAGUGAAG